AUGGCUUUCCCUGAUGUUUUGCAAAGAGGUGAUGAUUUCUUAAGUGAAUAUCCAAGAAAUUCCAAGAUAUGGAAAGCUUUUUCUUAUGGGACAUGUGUUUUCACUAUUGGUAUGUCUAAGUUGAUACUGAAGUCUUUGUAUAAUGUUGAAUUGAAUCAUUUCCAUGAACUUGAGCAUGCUAUUGACAGAUCCCACAAGGAAGAGAGAGGUUUGAUGACAAUAAUGAAUCAUAUGUCAGUGGUUGAUGAUCCAUUUAUCUGGGCUGUAUUCCCAUGGAGAACAUAUAAGAACCUUCAGAAUAUGAGAUGGUGUUUGGGGGCAGAUAACGUCUGUUUCACUAAUAAAUAUGUGGGUACCUAUUUUUCCUUGGGUCAAGUACUGGCGACAAAAAGAUUCGGAACAGGUCCAUUCCAAGGUUCGAUAGAAGCAAUGAUAAGAUUAGUCAGUCCUAUUGAAUCAUGUCCUUCUAGUGAUAAUUUUAGUCCAACCUUCAAGAUUGCAAAACCAGCUUGGAUUCAUGUUUAUCCAGAAGGUUUUGUUCUACAAUUAAAUCCACCUUUUUCAAAUUCAAUGAGAUAUUUUAAAUGGGGUAUUACAAGAGUAUUGUUGGAAUCAACAAAGGCACCAAUUGUAGUUCCUAUUUUUACUACAGGUUUUGAGAAAGUUGCUCCUGAAGAUACUGCCGAAAGCUAUAGUAGGUUCUUGCCAAAUAAUAUCGGCGCUGAUAUAAAGGUAACUGUGGGGAAGCCAAUUGAUGACAAGGUUAUUGAAGAGUAUAGACAGGAAUGGAAUACUUUGGUUGAAAAGUAUACUGAUCCACGUAAUCCAACAGAUUUAUCAGAUGAAUUGAAAUAUGGUAAGGAUGCUCAAGAAUUACGAAGCAAAGUAGCAAAUAUGUUAAGAGAACAUGUCGCUAAUAUUCGACACGAAAAGUGCAACUUUCCAAAGGAAGAUGAGAGAUUUAAAUCACCAACAUGGUGGAAAAGAUUUACGGUUACUGAAGGUGAUUCUGAUCCUGAUGUAAAAUUUAUAGGUAAAAAUUGGGCAAUUAGACGUCUGCAGAAAUUUUUGGCAGAUAGAGAUAAUGAAGAUGACAUUAAUACGAAGAAAAACAAUGAUAAUGAAGGUAAAUAA